AAAACUGUGCUUGUAUGGGAGAGCUUUAAUCUACCUACGCCAACACAGUGUUCUGUGUUCUCUGUGUUCCCGUUUUGUGUGGCCUACAGACCUAAUUUUUUCGCGUGCGUUGUGCGCGGCUCCGCGGAUAGUUUUCCCCAAAAAAUAAAACUACUGAUCCAGGCAUCCAGACAAUAAACAAAUGCCUAGCGCAUAGACAGAUAAUAGAGGCGAGCGGAAAGUGAGAGUAAACACAAGCCAAAAAAAAAAAAGACAAGAACACUCGCCAAUUACUGGGUGUGUGUGUGUGUGUAUAUAUAUUUUAUAUUUCCGAUGCGUCCGUAACGGGAGUAUGUUUCUUCGCCCUUCCGUUUUCCUCCUCACCCACCCGCGUCACGGUCGCCGUCUCCGUCGUCGUCGUCGUUCGCUAAUUUAAAUGUGCAAUUUUUAUGAAAUUAUCACAAAAAACAACUAGCUAGUGGUACGGGGGAGCGAGAGAGAUAGCGUUGUGUCAUAGAAUUGGAGCAGAAACAGCGCUCUAAAUUAGCAGCCCCCACCCCCUAUCCCUCUCGAAAGGAACAACAACAACACAAAUCCCCAGCAGAACCCCCCGAACGCAUACAUACAAGUGCGCCAAGUGUUUAAAUGUGUGUGUGUAGUAGGAAUUGCAAUUUAUAGUUGUUGUUUUCGGUGUGGCGGAGGAGAGCUUUUCGCUUGUUGCGCGCGUGCGACGACGAUUGUGCAAGAAGUAGUUCUUUUUUCAUUCUAUCCCCCCCUACAAUUUGCAACCUAAAAUAUAUAGAGGAAAUAGAAACAACAAUCGGUUAUCGCAAAAGAGCGAAAAACAAAAAAAAAUAGAAAAGGAAACAACAAACCAAAAAAUUCGCAAAUGCGUUCGGCGUCGCGUGUGUGUGUGUGUGCGUGUGCGAGGGGGGCGACAAAAAUAUGCUGAAAAAGCUCUCGCCGCAGCUGCUGGAACAGGCGGAAACUGUUGCUGCAAUCCGUGUGGGGGGAGAAGGCGGAUGCCAAAGGGAGAAUACAGAGAGCCCGAGAGCGACACUGGGCCUGGUGGAGAGAGCCUGGUGAGAAGAGAAGAAGAAACGAUCAGCGAAAUGAAUCACACGCAAGUUUUGUUUUGCGAAUUAUAAAUUCGCGUUCUCCUUCUUACCCCAAAUGCGAAUUCCCAUCGCGAAGCAUCGCACAAAACAAAAUAGAGAGAAAUAAAAGUGCGGAAAUCCAAAAGCAACACCACCAUCACCACCGCCAACAACAACAACAACAAAACAGUCAAAAGCAUAAUAAUAGAACUUUUGCUUUCGGUUCCAACUGGUUUUUUGUAUACAUAAAAAAAAGGGAGAGCGCACACAGAGAGAGCGCGCGAGAGAGAGUGGCGGCAGCUUCCAGCUCUUCUUCUUCCGAUCUGCGUCUUGGAAUUCAUGGAAAUCCGGGGGCGCAUGCGCAGAACAACAAUAACCACAAGGAACAGGCCAGAAGAGCAGAAAGCGAGAGCCGUAAGCUGCAUGAAAGGACUGUAGAACACGAAGCAAUUAAAAAAAAAAAAAAUUAGUAACUAAUACUAUCGCUACCUGCCAUCACCGACAAACAAAUAAUUCACAUCACAACGAAUCGUACAAACAUUUUGAAUUAAAAACUACAAAUUAAUCGAUUUAACUACAAAAUGGAGACCUUCAACGUACCUAUGCUGGCCGAGAGCAGCAGCACCACCACCACCACCAACUAUGCCACAGAUGCCAGCGGCACUCACCUCCACCUGCAACAUCAUCAGCAGGAGGUGCAACAGCAUCUUCUCAUGCCACACCAUCACAAGGAUCAAAUGCUGGCCGCUGGCAGCUCUCCCAUGCUGCCCUUCUACUCCGAGCUGCAACUGCAACAAAAGGAUGCACCGUCGGUGGGUGCAACACCAACAACAGGCAACACUGUUGUAACUGCAGCAAGUGCAGCAUCUGUGGCAAGUGCCCCAACCGAUAACUUCAGCUCCCUGCCGACCAUCGAUGCCAGCCAGUUGGAUGGUGGCAUCUCCCUCAGUGGCCUCUGCGACAGAUUCUUUGUUGGGAGUCCCAAUCCGCAUAGCAACAGUAACACUAUGACCUUGAUAACCGCGGCCAACAACAACAAUAGCAGCGCCAACAAAAACAACAAUAACAAUAACAAUAAUAAUAAUAAUAUAGUGGAGGCUAAGGCAGUGACAGGAUCGUCGGGUAAUUCGGUGAUAAUCGAAUCGGUGACGAUGCCGUCCUUUGCCAAUAUUCUAUUUUCGCAUCCCAGUGGCGCCACCACCACAGAUUGCAUAGAUCCGGCUCUGUUGCAGAAGAAUCCCCAGGAGAGUUCCAUUGUGGAGUAUCAUCAGUUGAAGCCCCUGGAGGCUAACUCCUCCACAUCCGUUGCCGUUUCUGUUUCCACCAGCAACUUCCUGUCCUCCAGCACUGCUCAGCUGCUGGACUUUGAGGUGCAGGUCGGCAAGGACGAUAGUCGCAUCAGCACCACCACCAGGGUGGGUGGAGGAGGAGGAGCAGGGGGAGGGGGAACAACCCCAUCUGCCCCAGCAACGCCAACAACCACCAACAACAACAACAACACUGCCAAUCCCACAAGGAGCUCCUUGCACAGCAUCGAGGAGUUGGCUGCCAGUUCUUGUGCCCCAAAAACCACAUCACCCAAUAGGAAUAGUUCCACAACUACACCACAACAACAACAGCAACAACAUCACAUGCAAAGCGGCAACCACAGUGGCUCCAAUCUCAGCACAGAUGACGAGUCCAUGUCCGAGGAUGAGUUCGGUCUGGAGAUCGACGAUCAAGGAGGCUACCAGGACACCACCUCCUCCCACUCCCAGCAGAGCGGGGGCGGUGGCGCGGGGGGCGGCAACCUUCUCAACGGCAGCUCCGGCGGCAGUUCUGUCGGCGGCGGCUAUGUCCUCCUCCCCCAGGCGGCCAGCUCCAGUGGCAAUAAUGGCGGCAAUGGCGUCCACAUGUCCUCCGGCUCCAUCGGCAACAACUCUGUCGGCAAUAACGUUGGCCCCGGAGGCGUGGCCGGGCCGGGCAAUGUGAUGGGCGGCACUAGUGCCGCUCCAGGACAUGCCGGCGAUGUGAUCGACUUCAAGCAUCUGUUCGAGGAACUGUGCCCCGUGUGCGGGGAUAAGGUGAGCGGCUAUCACUACGGCCUGCUCACCUGCGAGUCCUGCAAGGGCUUCUUCAAGCGCACCGUGCAGAACAAGAAGGUCUACACCUGCGUGGCGGAGCGGUCGUGCCACAUCGACAAGACGCAGCGCAAAAGGUGUCCCUACUGCCGCUUCCAGAAGUGCCUCGAGGUCGGCAUGAAGUUGGAGGCUGUCCGAGCGGAUCGCAUGCGGGGUGGACGCAACAAGUUCGGACCCAUGUACAAGCGGGAUAGGGCGCGGAAGUUGCAGGUGAUGCGGCAGCGGCAGUUGGCGCUGCAGGCGCUGCGGAACUCCAUGGGCCCGGACAUCAAGCCAACACCGAUCUCGACGGGCUACCAGCAAGCAUAUCCAAAUAUGAACAUUAAGCAGGAAAUUCAAAUACCUCAGGUAUCCUCACUCACCCAAUCGCCGGACUCGUCGCCCAGCCCCAUUGCGAUUGCGUUGGGUCAGGUGAAUGCCAGUACGGGCGGUGUGAUAGCCACGGCCAUGAACGCCGGUAACGGCAGUGGUAGUGGCGUCAGCGGGGGCCUCAACGGUCCCAGUUCCUUGGGUAAUGGCAAUAGCAGCAACGGCAGCAACAGCAACGGCAACAACAACGGCGGCAGUGCGGGCGGCAACAAUGCGUCCGGCGUCGGUGGAGGUGGCGGCAAUAAUGCGGGCGGCGGCGGUGGCGGCAACUCGGGUUCCGCCGAUGGCCUGCAUCGCAACGGCAACAGCAAUUGCCACGAGGCUGGAAUAGGAUCUCUGCAGAAUACGGCCGACACGAAACCGUGCUUUGAUUCCGGCACCCAUCCAUCGAGCACAGCCGACGCGCUUAUCGAGCCAUUAAGAGUCUCACCGAUGAUUCGUGAAUUUGUGCAAUCGAUCGACGAUCGGGAAUGGCAGACGCAACUGUUCGCGCUGCUGCAGAAGCAAACCUACAACCAGGUGGAGGUGGAUCUCUUCGAGCUGAUGUGCAAAGUGCUCGACCAGAACUUGUUCUCGCAAGUGGACUGGGCACGCAACACAGUCUUCUUCAAGGACCUCAAGGUCGAUGACCAAAUGAAGCUGCUGCAGCACUCAUGGUCGGAUAUGCUGGUCCUGGAUCACCUGCACCAUCGCAUCCACAACGGCCUGCCGGAUGAGACGCAGCUGAACAAUGGCCAGGUCUUCAAUCUUCUGAGCCUGGGAUUGUUGGGAGUUCCCCAGCUGGCCGAUUACUUCAACGAGCUGCAGAACAAGCUGCAAGACCUGAAGUUCGAUAUGGGCGACUAUGUCUGCAUGAAAUUCCUAAUCCUCUUGAAUCCAGAUGUGCGGGGUAUUGUUAACCGGAAGACCGUCUCCGAUGGACAUGAUAAUGUCCAGGCUGCUAUGCUGGAUUACACCCUCACAUGUUAUCCGUCAGUUACUGAAAAAUUCCGUAGGCUAGUUAAUAUCCUACCAGAAAUCCAUGCCAUGGCCGCCCGAGGCGAGGAGCACCUGUACACCAAGCACGUCGCCGGCAGUGCACCCACCCAGACCCUGCUCAUGGAGAUGCUGCACGCCAAGCGCAAGGUGUAGAAUCCGGCGGAAGACGGAGAAAUGGAAUACUUAAUCAUUUAUGAAGUGUAAAUAACAGGGGCGAGAGCAGGAUGCCCUCCAGAAUAGGGAGCAGCCAGAGUAUGGAAGUUGAAAUGCUAUGCGAACGGAGGAGGAUAAAAUUCUAUAUAAUUUAUAUGGAAAUGCAUCAUCACUACUACCACCAACACCACCAACUAUCACACCUAUCUACACACAAAGAAACACACACCACACACCACACUACACACACAACACACACACAUUUGUUGAAACAAUGUUAAUUAUUAUUACGUUUACGGCUAGGUCUAGUUUAUGUUUAACUAAUGUUUAAUUAAUUUGUCUUAAAUUAAUUCGUGUUUUAUUUGUAGUCCCUGAUAAAGCAAUUUUUAAAACACAUUGAACCUAAACGAGAAUAUAAAUGUAGGCGUAUGAUAUGAAUAAUUCUAUAAAUAAUAUGGAUGUCAAGGAGGAACCCAACUUUCUUUAGGUGUUACAACAAACAAAACAAACAAACAAAAAAAACAAAAGAAGCAUAAGAAAUUUUAUUUUUAUAUACCUAUAUACGAUACUUAUGGAUACAAAUCUAUAUAUGUUUUUAUGUAAAUUGGCGUAAUUUUAAAGCGUCCUACAACUUUUUAACUAGUAUUUGGUUUAAACUAUAGUUUUUCUUUCAAAUUUAUAUUUCGUUUCAACUUGUAGAUCGAUUCUUGUAAUUUUUGCGCCAAGUGUCUUGCAUAGUAUUUGCGUCAAAUCUAACGACAAAAAGGAUAAAUAAAUAAAAUUUACAAAGCAAACAAACAAAAAAAACAAAAAACAAUUAAGAAAAUCCAUACAAAGAAAUAAAAACAAAGCAAAUUUAGGUGUUCAUGGUAUGAAUGUAUAUGUAUAUUAAUUGUAACUUGUAAUUUCAUUUUAAGUCUAAGAAAACAAUGCAAACAACUACCUACAAAACGAUGAAGAUGAGCAAGAAAUUAUAUAUUAAUAACGAUCAUGUUUAAAACUAUAUAGUAAAUAUACUUACACAUAUAUUUAAAAUUAGCAGCAAGUUUCAAAUGUUUGUAAAUUUCAAGAAAAAUGUAAUUGUUUCAGUGUCAGCAACCCGAAUGUGUAAAGCUUGUAUUUCAAAUACAUAAUAUAUUUUGUGCAAAGCAAAUUAUAAAUCAGAUUAAAGGUAAAUUAAAAAACAGAUUCAAAACAAAAACAAACUCUAUAAAUGUUAGAAACUAAAAGUAACAAAUGCUUAGUCAAGAAUUUUGGCAAUGAGAUGGAACAGAAUCGAAUUCAAUUCACUUAUAUUGUAAAAAAAAAUCAAAAAUCGAAAUAAACAAACCAAAUAAAAUAUAUAUUUAAAGAAACCGUAUUGUGGCAAACACUUUUAAUUCGAAUAUUAAGUUAGCACUCUAGACAUUUUUCUCAAAAACUCAGUUACUGUCUUAAUAUUUCUGUUUUAAAUUUAACGUCAACGUUCUUUUCUAUUCAUUGCCAUAAUUUUAUUUCUAGGCAUUGCGCUUAAACAAAAAGUACCUUAUAAAAUUAAACGAAAAUAAAAACUUCAAAUGCAGUAAACAGAACGAAAUUACCACACACAUUUCAAAUUUAUAGACAGAGCAGAGCCCCCCUGUAUAAAACAAAAGUCGUUAAAAGAUAUAUACUAUAUAUAUAAAAUCGGAGUGGAGCAGAAAAUAUUUCACAAUUGUUAUAGAAAGGCAGACGCAAAAUUGCAAAAAUGGAAAUGGAAAAAAAAAAUUUAAAGCACGACGACAUCUAUAUGUAUAGAUAGGUUUGCCUAGGUAUAUAUUAUAUAUUUAGGUUUCUAGUUGGUAUGUAUAACUUCUAUAUGUAUUAUAAAAUGUAAAAAAACAACAGUAAACAGAAAUAUGGGUAAAUAAUGUAAAAGUUGGCAAUGAAAGUUGGCAAGUUAGUUGAGGUUAGGUAUAGGAAAGUGGAUCAGUUAUAUUUAAAGAUAUACAAGUAAUGGAAAAAAUUGUUGACGUCUAACGUAACGCGGGCGGCAUGUUGUUGAAAACAAGUUAAUGAAAGCUGAGAAGAAGGGAUCGAUUUAACACAUUUAAAUAUAUUAUAUAUAAAUGUAUAUUCAGGCAUGAAUGGCGUUAGGUAUGUUUAUUGUAAAAUUGAUUACGAUGUGAACCUGUUAUUGCAAAUGAAAAGUGAUUUUAAAUAUUAAGAAAUUCUAUAUAUAUAUACUAUAAACCCAUAAAAAAAUAACAAAAAAAAGGAUCUAACAGUUAUAUAUACAUUAAAUGAUUAAUAUAAAUGCAAGCAACACACACACACACAUUUUAAGUUUGAAAAACUGUUUAAAAAAUGCAAAAAAAAAAAGAAGAAAAAAAAUCAUUUAACUAGAAACAAAACUACCUAAAACUACAACGCAUAUUUGAUCAAUUGAUUUAAUAUGCUUUAUUAUUAUGUUAACAUACAAUUUCAUCUCAGAGAUGUUUCAAACAUGCAACCAACCAACAACAAAAGCAAAGUGAAAUAAAAAGUAAUUAUAAAAACGA